AUGUUCCGUUUCGUCGCUGUAGUCCUCCUUUUUUGCUUGUUAGCUUACAUGGUACUUUGGCUGCCACUCUCCCUCCUCUUCGGAGCUUCCAAUGGCCGGCCAUCUUCCCAGCAUCAAUGGAUGAUCGUUGAGCCUGGAGAAGAUGCAUUCAAGCAUUUCGCCGGAAGUCGUGACUGUGGCAUCACGCAGUCAGAUAUCUAUCUUGCACCAUGGCCCAUGAACCCGAAAGUCUCCCCCUUUUGCAAGAAUAGAGCAACCCUGUUGGACGCUCUUAGUGGCGGCGGCAGAUAUGGCUGGGACGAACCUUUUGUUGGGAAGGGCUGUACGUACAGAUGGUUCUCUACAUCCGAGAUAUGCAUGAUUCUGGAACGGUUCAAUGCUAUCUCAUUCAUCGGAGACGACGUUGUACAAUCAGUAUACGCAGCUUUCAAUGUACUCCUUCGAGAGGAUCUUGCUCUUGGUGGUGUGCAGCAAUGGAUUAUGUCAGAUCAGGAUCGAAUGAGCUGCAAGUGCGGUGAACAAUUCCUCAACCCUGAAUGUACAAGAUACGCCGUGAAAAAUCAGGACGAAGUCAAGAAGAAUGAAGGAAGUGGUAAGGGAGGUCUAUACUUUUGUGCACGAACUCCUCACGCCUACAUACGAGUUGAAAGCGUGCCGGCAUCCACCACCUCGCAGACCCUCUUCAAAGACCUAACCUACUCAAGACCGAAUCCCUGGCAACCAAGUCCCCUGAUCUUCUCCUUCAGCCACGGCUCGUCUUUCGACGUCGCAGCCACAACUCGUGCAAUGGAGGAAUGGCAUACUAUAGCUACUGGGGCUGAACGCAAUAUUCCCAUGCUCUUCCUCGGUCCCCCUGCCUUUAGUACCAACAAAACAGCUGAUACGCCGCCCAAGGAGAGAAAUUCUGCUGUCUGGAGUUAUCAAAAGCAAGUGUCUGUGAAGGCCAAAACCAACCACUUUGAUGUGCUGAGCUUGUACAAUCUGACGAUGCAAGCUUCCACACCUGAUGGGCAGCACUUUGGGGAGGCGGUAGCCCUCGUUGAAGCCAUGAUGGUCAUCAAUUGGCUCUCCAAAUUGGACACUUCUUAG